CGUGGACGUCUUUACAGCAUCGACUACCCAGUAAAGUCAACAAGACCUAUCUGACCAGUCUCGAGCUGACCAGGUUGUUCUGUAUCAUUCUCCCUUCGUCCUGUCACUGCUCAAUCUAUUUUAUCACCUCACAUACGUUCAAGUCUGCGUGUCUUUCAGGACCAUAGACCAUUGUUCUAUGUUGAUGUUUCCAUGGCGCAAACUGAAGACCAAGUUCAGCUCAAUCACCUUGUCAUAUUCAGAGAAAUAACUUCCUGUGGUUCGUCAGAGAUUCUCAAACUUUUGAGACUGUGUGAUCACAAAAUUAUACAUCAUUGUAACCACACCAUUUCAGUCCUGUUCCGCCUCCACGAUGUCACCCGAUUGAAAGUCAGUUCUCUUAUGUCUCGCUCCAGUAAAGUCUCACAGGUUUUCAGGACGCUUUUGAGUGCUAAAGCUUGCAACAUCGAUACGAAACUCUUGCUAGCUGGGACAAGGGAAGUAAUUCAGUUUUUAAUAGAAUGCAGACGUUUACAUCUAGAUGAACGAAACCUUGGUGGGAACACUGCUUUAGUGUCAGCCAACAAAACAUCACAUCUCCAGAACUUCAGGUUGCUGAUCAUCGCCGGAGUACAGACGAGUUUGAUUUCGCGCCAUUAUUCCCUUCUCAAUGACUCGUAUGAAAAUGCUUUCGAUGUGGCUCAAAGAAUGGGCCUGCGUGAGGCGCUGGAACUGCUGUUUCGUGCCAGGUCGGUCAACGCACAUCCUUUGCUGUUUGCCUUUGUGGAAAAUGACUUAGAGUCUUUCGCCUUGUUGCUGAAGUAUAACAUAUGUGAUAAAAAUGAAGCUCAUAAUAUUCGGCCUGACAUCCUUUGCUAUGUACUUAGACAGACACUGAAAAAGAAAGUUCCAAUCUCAUCUGCUUUGGAGUUUGUCCGAGAGCUCUGCAGAUUGGGAUUUAAUGUAAACAGAUGCCAGUAUUGCAAAGGAACUCGCAUUGAGCUUGCGCUGAGCAUUGGAAGCUACGAACUGGCUGAGGUUCUUUGCACUCAUGGCGCUCGGGUCACCCACAACAAUCUGUUGUCCGCUGUUAAGAGUCAGCAAUUUCAGAUGGUUCCACUUCUUGUGAACCAUGGAGCACCAGUAGACACAUACGACCACCGGGGUCACGUGACCUUUAAGAACUCAGCCCUUGAUAUAGCGUUGGAGAGAUCGUCAACGAGUACUGCCAGAGUGCUUCUACAGCACGGUGCACAUCUUGACGCCGAGCGCGCUUUCACUCAAGCUUUGAAGGAAAGAAACACCAAGACGCUAAUGUAUCUCUUGACAGAGUGUGCUGAACAGACCAAAGCUGUUAGACAAAAACCAGAAGUUUUAAUAGAGGCUGUGAAGAUAGGAGACAUUCACCUGAUCCAGCUUCUGUUGGACGCAGGAGCAGACAUUGACGGGGUCCACAACGAUGAGACUCCUUUAAUGAGCGCUGUCCACAUCGAAGUCAUCAACUUGUUAUUAAACAAAGGGGCCAGUGUCAACUUAAAAACAAACACUACACCUUUGAUCAACUUAUUCUCGUGGAAAUUUCGCAGCCAUUUCAGCUCAACCUUAAACCCUAAACUCACCCACGAAGAGAUGAACAAACAAUUAUUAGUUUUAAUUGGUAUGUUUCUCGAGAAUGGCGCGAAUGUGGACGCCACUGAUGAACACGAAAAUACGGCUUUGACUCAAUCUGUUAGAAAUAAAUGUGGCUUAAAGGUUCUCAAGUAUUUACUUGAUAGGGGAGCCGACGUAAAUCAAAAAGAUAGCUAUGGUUCAACAGCCCUGCACUUCGCAGCGUUUUAUGAAAAACGAGAUUUCGUGGCGUUUCUGUUAAAACACGGAGCUCUUGUCAACGUAAAGAGGUGUGAUGGAUGCACCCCGCUACACGAGGCUGUGGAAGAUGUAGAUAAAGUUAAAAUUCUUCUAGAGAAUCAAGCCGAUGUGAAUGCUAAGGAUGAAGAUGGGGACACACCACUGACUCUCGCAGUCAAGAAUUACGGAGAUUCUGAUGAUGUUGUCAAACUUUUGAUUGCCUCUGGCUCUGAUGUCAACCACAGAAACAAAUUUGGCAUGUCUCCACUAUGGCUGGCCGCUGAACGUCUCUUCCCAGAGUGCCUAGUAGUGUUAAUCCGUGCGAAAGCCGAUUUAGGUCACGACGACAAUCAACAGAAGUCGGCGCUGUCAAUAGUGCUCGAUCAUUUCUUCCCCCUCGAAGAGGUCCAGCAAACAGCUACACUACUGAUAGAACAUGGGGCCAGUGCAGAAUUUGUUAAACCUGACAUCAUUCAUCGCCUUAUCGCUGCUGGAAAUAAUGGCCUUCUGAUUCAGAAACUCAUGACGUCCGGCGUUUGUCCAUCAGACAUUGUUUUAAAUAAGACAAUUUUUAACUGGCCUGAGACUUCUUUAUCACCACUCGCCGUUUCCUUGAUAUUAGAUAAUGCUGACUUUGUUUGUUAUUUUUUCAAGAAUUGGUUUCUAACGAAAUCAGACAUUAAAAUUUUAUCAAGAAACAAAAAGAUUAUGAGCUACUUGCAACAACGUGAAUCUAAAUCUCUUUCAUAUCUGAAGGAAGUCUCCCGCCAGCCAAUGAGGUUGGAGCUUUUGUGCUUCAUUACCGUCUCGUCUGCUUUAGGCUCAGACCGUGGCAGACGUCAAAGGGUAAAUAACUCUGAACUUCCAGUCCCCAUUCAAGACAAGUUAUUGUUCUUGAAAGUAGAAAAAAAGGUUCUUGAAGAAGUGGCUGAAGAGGGCUUCAAUUUUCUUCAUGAAUUGUCUCACCAGGAACGUAAAAGGCGCAAUCGCAUUUAAGUAAUCUCAGUAGCCUCGGGAUUCGCUUCACUACUGAUUCUAGAAUUUUGAUUCGUCAAUGAAUACUGCAGUGCUAGUAGCUUUUAUAUCACGCAUUUGUUGCCUGUAAUCUUAUGUAACCUUUUUUCUCAAUACAAACGAAAGAUUUUAGUAAAAAACAGUGAUGCCCAAAAUAUGAAUUGCAGGCCAGAUACGGCCCACGAUAUGGUGUUAUUUUGGCCUGUCCAAACAUCGGACAAAAAUGUAAAAAAUCACCACCCCCCUCCCCCCCCAAAAAAAGAAGUUGGAAAUGUGCCUCUAUGAUAGAAACUCUUUCUGCCAUAGAUUUUAUUCUUUGCUAUUCUAACAUUCAUAUUUUUUUCCCCUAAAAAAUGUUUUAAUUUUUAGGUGACAUGAAUCUUCUGAUAUUUUUAAUUCUUUAAAAUGUCCGCUGCUGUCUUGAGCUAGCUUAGUACCUGACGGCUUGUGUGUGCAGCCUGGGGGCAUCAUUUCUUCAUUAUUUUUUGAUCGUCUCUUGGUAUCAACGCAAAUGGUGCUGUACCAUUCCAUAUGUGUGCGUUAAAGAAAUGGGAGAUCCCAGGAAAACAAAGAAGUUAAUAUAAAACUUUGUGAGAAAGUGGAAAAGUAUGAAUGGAUGUAACAGCCGGCUCGCAACAAGAAAAGUUGUUAAUUAAUUAUUUUUUUUUCGUUUAUAUGGCCCGCGACAGAUAAUUAAUAUCUCGUGGGCCGAUCUAGGAUGGGCAUCACUGGUAUAAAACAAAUACUGCAUUAGAUCAUUUGAAAAAUUGUGUUUUAAUUGAUGAAUGUAAUACAACAGUCGUGCUCCUUUGUUGGUGAUAGUAGUGUCCCUUGUCUUGCUUCUGCUAGUCAACUAAAAUUGAUUCAUAUUAGGCUAUGCAUCAGGGCUGACACCCCAAACUAGACUAUGUUAUUGACCAAGUUAGCCUUGACAUUGAUGAUUAUAAUUUACAUAUGGGUCCUUACGAUUAAUUCCUAUAUGUUAAUUAAAAUAUAUGUAGUAUGGUACGAUGGCAACAGUUUAUCGUUAAUGUCCUGCAUGUGUAACUAAAGAAUGACUGUUGCUAUAAGAUCACUGAUCUCAUAAUACUAGCCCUGGGGACAUUUUCCUAGUAGUCAAACUGAAUUUUCAUUUGAUUGGACCAAUACAAAUCUUAUCUCUUAUCUUAUCUUAGAGACCUAGAAUUAUGAGUCUGCCGCCUGCUUCCUCAAAAAAUUUGCAAUAAAUCAAGUUAUAUUUUUUUUUAAUGUAUUUGUAACUAGUAAAUGAUGUAUUAAAUAUUUUUUAUUUAUAAGUGUAUA